CCCCGGGAACGGGGAGCGCACGUGGCCCCCAUUGGGGACCCCCCAAAAAAAAACCGGGGACCCCAAAACCUCCUUUGGGGCCCCCCCCAAACCUCCUCGGGGAACCGCAAGCUCCAGCCCAGGGGCUCGGCAGCUUCUCCGCGCACAGCGGGAGCCGCCCCGGCGGCGCUGGGGGAGGUGGGAGCGGGGCGGGCCCGGGAGCAUUCCCGGUAUUUUAUGGAAAACCCCUGGAGCCCGGCUGGAAACGGCGCCGAGCAGGGAAAACAGAGCCGGAUUCCUUCAGCCAGCGGGAAGUUGACGCACCAGCCUAAGAAUAGCUCGGGCAGGGGCAGCGUGGAAAGUGUUCUCGGAGCUGCUGAUGAAAUCGCAGCCGGGAGCGGAGGAGUCUUUGGACCUUCCCAUGCUCGGGACCUUUGACUCAUAAAAGGCUCCUUCAAAAAAGCGUCGGGAGCAGAAGAGGGAGAGGAAGAGGAGCCGGAGAAGGGAAGAAGGAGGUGUUGGAAGGAGCAGAGCCCGUCCCGGAGCGUGGGCAGCUGCGGGGGGACAGAGGAAGUCGCUGCAUGUGGAGUUUUCGGACAAAAUGCUCUCUCUGAAGAAAUACUUCACGGAAGGCCUGAUCCAGUUCACCAUCCUGCUCAGCCUCCUCGGCGUGCGCCUGGACGUGGACACCUACCUGAAUUCCCACCUCCCUCCCCUGCGGGAGAUCAUCCUGGGCCAGAGCUCUGCCUACACCCAGACCCAGUUCCACAACCUGCGCAACACCUUGGACGGAUAUGGCAUCCACCCCAAAAGCGUCCAGCUGGACUCUUAUUUCAGCUCCCACCGCCUGCUCAGCCAGGUGAGGGCUCUGGACAGGCUGCAGGUGCCCAGCACCGAGCUCAGUGCCUGGUUGGUGCACAGAGAUCCCGAAGGAUCCGUGUCCGGAGGGCAGCAGGAUGCUGGAGCUGCUGAUGGAGGAGUGAGGGAGAGCGGAGCUGAGCAGGGUUUUGGGGAAGAGCUGGAGGAUUUAGGAGCUGUGGCGGCGCCUGUCAAUGGAGAUCUCAGCAAAGAGGACAUCGAUUUGAUUGACAUCCUGUGGAGACAGGAUAUUGAUCUCGGCGCUGGGCGAGAGAUUUUUGACUACAGCCACCGUCAGAAAGAGAGCGAAGUGGACAAAGAGCUGAGCGAUGGGAGGGAGCGCGGGGACAGCUGGAGGAGUGCAGGGAAUGAGGUCUUGGAUAGAAUCCCGCUAGUUGAUGGAGAGACCGGGGAGAGUUUCCCUGCGCAGGUGCCCGGUGCGGAGGAUCAGACAGCGCUGUCCCUGGAGGAGUGCCUUAGGCUGCUGGAGGCCACCUUCCCUUUCGGGGACAAUUCCGAGUUCCCAGCUGCGGAUGUCUCCGCCCUGAGCGAGGCCGUGCCGGGGCAGAGCCGGGCUCCGGGCGGCCCCCCCAGCCUGCUGUCCCCUCUCCUGGCCGAGACCGAGUCCCCCUUCGACCUGGAGCAGCAGUGGCAGGACCUGAUGUCCAUCAUGGAGAUGCAGGCCAUGGAGGUGAACGGCACCGGCGCCGAGAGCCUCUACGGCGGCACCGGCGGCGACCUGCUGGCGUCCAACUACAGCCUGGCCCCCGGCACGCCCAUCAACCAGAACGUCAGCCUGCAUCAGGCCUCGCUGGGGGGCUGCUCCCAGGACUUCUCCCUCUUCAGCUCGGACAUGGAGAGCCCCUCCAUGGCGGGCGGCUCGGCCCUGCUGCAGCUGGCGCCCGACAACUCCACCGGCCUCAACAGCACCUUCGGCUCCACCAACCUGAGCGGGAUCUUCUUCCCGCCCCAGAUGAACGGCACGGGCAACGAGACGGCCGGGCCCGAGCUGCCCGACCCCCUGGGAGGGCUCCUGGACGAGGCCAUGCUGGAUGAGAUCAGCCUGAUGGACUUGGCCAUCGAGGAGGGCUUCAACCCCGUGCAGGCCUCGCAGCUGGAAGAGGAGUUCGAUUCCGACUCAGGUCUUUCCCUGGAUUCCGGCCACAGCCCCGCGUCCCUGAGCAGCUCCGAAGCCUCGUCCUCGUCGUCCUCGUCCUCUUCGUCCUCUUCCUCCUCCUCGUUUUCCGAGGAAGGCGCCGUGGGCUACAGCUCGGACUCGGAGAACGUGGACUUUGAGGAAGCGGAAGGGGCGGUUGGCUACCAGCCAGAGUACAGCAAGUUCUGCCGCAUGAGCUACCAGGACCCGGCGCAGCUCCAUUACCUGCCUUACCUGGAGCACGUCGGCCACAACCACACCUACAACAUGGCCCCGGCCGCCCUGGACCCCGAGGAGCCCAAAGCGCCCGGCGCCGGCAAGAAGAGCGGCAAGGAGAAACCCUCGGAGCUGCUGGACAAGCAGCUGAGCCGCGACGAGCACCGCGCCAGGGCCAUGAAGAUCCCCUUCACCAACGACAAGAUCAUCAACCUGCCCGUGGAGGAGUUCAACGAGCUCCUGUCCAAGUACCAGCUGAGCGAGGCGCAGCUCAGCCUCAUCCGCGACAUCCGCCGGCGCGGCAAGAACAAGAUGGCAGCGCAGAACUGCCGCAAGAGGAAGCUGGACACCAUCCUCAACCUGGAGCGCGACGUGGAGGAGCUGCAGCGCGACAAAUCCAAACUGCUCAGGGAGAAGGUGGAAUUCCUCAAGUCCAUCCGGCAGAUGAAGCAGAAGGUGCAGAGCCUGUACCAGGAGGUGUUCGGGCGGCUGCGGGACGAGCAGGGCCGGCCCUACUCGCCGAGCCGCUACGCGCUGCAGUACGGCAGCGACGGCAGCGUGCUGCUGAUCCCCCGCGCGCCCGCGCCCGCCGAGCCGCAGCCGCGGCGCCAGGAGCGCAAGCAGAAGGACAGGAGGAAGUGAAGGCGGCGGCGGAAGGGAGAGCUGGGAUGAGGGCCGAGCCUGGAAGCGCUUGCGGAGGGAACUUUGAUGCCUUCUUAUCCGAUUCUGUCUUCUCGAAGCGGCGCCGCCGCCGGGGACUCUGCGGCCGUCCCGAAAUACAAAAAGGGGGGGACGGAGCCUUCGCCCCCCUCUGAGCCCAGCUGCCACCGCCCAGCCCCGAGGUGCUGGGAGAGCAGGGACGAGCUGGCAUCGCUGCUGGGGAGGUUGGCACGAGGUGGAUAAAACAAAAACAAAAAAAAAAAUAACAAACUACUGUUAGGAACUGGCUUUAAAUAAGAGAAAAAAACAAAAAAACCCCACAAAAAAAAAAUUCCUGAGAAAAGAACAACAAAAAAAAAAGAGAUUUAAGCGAAGGGACUUCAAGUUAUAGGAGAGAUGUUUUUCUGAACUUCCAAAGUUCUGUGAUUUCAGGUAGUUGGUUGUUUUUAUUUUAUUUUUUUUCCUUUUUUUUUUGCUGGUUCUUUUUUGGUUUUGUUUUUCUCUUUUUUUUUUUUCUCCUUUUUUAUUAUUUUUUAUUUUUGUUUGUUUUUUUUUUCCUUUUAUCCCGACCCCGUUUUUGGCGCCGUCGAGAGAUUCCGGAUUUCUCCUUCCUCGAGCACCCGAGAUCACAGCAGGGCACACGUGGAGAGACACAAAAAAAAAGUGGAAAGACACAAAAAAAAAGUGGAAAGACACAAAAAAAAGUGAAGAGACACAAAAAAAAGCGACUUUCAUUAACCCCUUCCCGCCCGAGGAAACUCAAACCUCGGAGGGGGAGGUAAAAAAAAAAGCGACAAAACCAUCCCGGAAAGGAAAAUUUAAAAAAUUUAAAAAAUUAAAAAAGAAAGGAGAACGAGCAGGGAAAUCCACGGAGCUUUGGGAAGAGCGGGAUUCUCAAGGAUCCCCCGGGAAAAGCUCAAUUUCCUGGGAAUUUGGGCAGGAAUUUGGGGUCGGGAAGGGCGGUGACCUCGCGGUGUCACCUCGAGCGUCCCCAUCCCGUAACCGCGCUCGGGUUUUUUUAAUGGGGUGGGGGAAAAGCGGUUCCAACCUCGAUUUUAUUUUAUUUUAGAUUUUUUUGCCCUUCACCCCCUUUUAGGGUCUAGAAGUGCUUGUGUUAAGUAAAAAAAACCCCCAAAAACCUAAAAAAAACCCCUAAAAAACCUAAAAAAAAAACCCUAAAAAAUCUAAAAAAAACCCCUAAAAAUCUAAAAAAAAAAACCCAAAAAAACCAAAAAAAAAACCCUAAAAAACCCCUAAAAAACCUAAAAAAAAAUUUUAAAAAAACACCAAAAAAAAGAAGAAGGGAGAAGCCCAAAGGUUGAAAGCUGCUCAAUGUUCUCUUUGCCAUAUUCCGUGUAACCGUGUGAUCACAUUAUAGGAUUCUCUUCUGUCCCCAGAGGUGUUGGUCUGAAUUCCUGUUUUUGUUUUUGAUUCUUCAGGAGGGGGGUGGGGGUAGUGCCUUGAUCACUGUUCAGGUCUCCACACCUUGGAGAUCAUCCUAGAGCUGGAUUUCCGUUAUAGCACAGCUGGGAGCGUUCGGACUUUACCAGCAACCAGAAAAAAAAAAUAAAAUAAAUAAAAAAAAAUUUAAAAUAAAAAUGAAAUAGAAAUGAAAAAAAAAAAAAAAGAGAAAAAAAUAAAAUAGUUAAAAAAAAAAAAUUAAAAAAAAAGGAAAAAAAAAGCUUAAAAAUGAAACAAAAAUAAAGAACGGCUUUUCCGAGCCGGUCCUGUGCAUGGGAUCUGAGGGGGAUUCCGGGGAUCCAGAGAGGAUUCCAGGGAUCCAAGGGGGAUUCCAGGGAUCCAAGGGGGAUUUCAGGGAUCCCAGGAGGAUUCCAGGGAUCCAAGGGGGAUUCCAGGGAUCCAAGGGGGAUUCCAGGGAUCCAGAGAGGAUUCCAGGGAUCCAAAGAGGAUUCCAGGGGUCUGAGAAGGAUUCAAGGGAUCUGAAGAGGAUUCCAGGGAUUCCAGCUGGAUUCCAUGGAUCCGAGGAGGAUUUCAGGGAUCUGAAGAAGAUUCCAGGGAUCCGAGGGGGAUUCCAGGGAUCCAAAGAGGAUUCCAGGAGGAUUCCAGGGAUCCCAGGAGGAUUCCAGGGAUCCAGAGAGGAUUCCAGGGGUCCGAGGAAGAUUCCAGGGAUCUGAGAAGGAUUCCAGGGAUCCAAAGAGGAUUCCAGGGAUCCCAGGAGGAUUCCAGGGAUCCCAGGAGGAUUCCAGGGUGGUCGUUCCCCCUGGAGCAGCAGCAGGGAAAAGCCCUCUUGGCAAGACGUGUGUGGGUUUGUGGGAAUGGUUUCCAGGUUUGCUUUGGUUUCUGUUUUUGGGGAAUGUUUGGAGCUGGGAUUGGCUGGAUGGGACCCCCCCCCCCCUCCAGCUUCCCGGGAAUGAAGCACAAGUUGGGAUUUGGGGAGGUUGGAAUGGAGAGAGAGCCCUGUGCGUGUGUUUUAAAUUAUUUCCUUUUUGUUUGUUUCCUCUUAGAAACUUCUUUUGGUUUGGUUUGUUUUUUUUUUGGAAUGAUCUGUGACCUGUCAGGGAGAGAAGAGAGAUUGUUGUGAGCACAGGACAGAAAAUAAAAAACGGCUUAUUCACUGUACCA